AUGAUGUAUCCUGCUGGCAAUGCUAGCUAUAGUGACUUCAAGCACACAGUGUUAGGGCACAGUAUUGAUUAUGAUUCUGAGAACAUCAACUCACUCUUCUCCGAUUCUCAUAGACAACCUGAAGUUCAUGGUGCUACUACUAGCCAUCAUUCAUCUGACUCUCUCUCUGGCAGACUUGAUCCCAGUGCGCCAGCCGCUCAGAUUCAGCUCGACUCCUUCGACAUCCAGCAUCAUCACAUCUCAAUGCAACAUCCAAAUCAGUCUCCAGGCCAGCAUGACUUCCUCUCGAGUCAUUCACCACUUUCAUCCGGUCCGUCAUGGUACCCAGGUGCAGCCGCCAUGCAGCAUGCACCGAUGUUCGCACCCUUUCCAACCUUCGGCGAAAGUCAUCAAGGCAAUGAUUUGCCUCCCCCAAUCUCAUAUGAUCAUCCGCUACCAGGUGCUGCCGCCAUGUGGCAAGCACCAAUGUUCACACGCUGCCAUCAUUGGCCUUCAUCAUCUGAUCACGUGCCUCCGCCAACCCUCGACAAUUACAAUGGAACUUUGCUUCCACCAUUCAUAGUCCCGUCCCAGGAUCCCAUCUGUUUGAAUGAUUUGGCAUCGCUGCCAUCAGCACUUGCCGAUUAUCGGCGCAAUUUUUCUCCGCCACUCCUAUCUAUGGACGGUGUCACUAUGCUACCACCAGCAGCACCGGAUUAUAUACAACCACAACCCCUCACAGCGCUGAAACAUCCCCAUCCCCAAACUCAAAAACGCGAUGACGGUCUGUGGCGAUUUGUCACAUGCUCAGGUCAGCGACAAAAACCAUUCGAAACCCCUUCAUCAGCGCCUUCUAGCACAACGCCUUCUCACCCUACCCCCACUCAGUCUAUGCAGCCACAGAUUGACCUUCCGCCUCUGGAUUACCAAUCUAAUCUUCCAAUACACAAUGCCUUCAUUCUCGCUGCGGAGAAGGAGCUUAUCAGCAGCGCUGUCAACAAUUGUACCAUGAUAAAGCCCUCGUUAAGAGAGGGCUUGGUCCAAGCCGCAUUAGUAAAUGCAGUCCAAAGCUGCUUGAAGAUCACUCGAUCUGACCCGGCCGAGUUGGCGAAAAAAGAAAUUGAAGGUAAAUUGAAUAUCAGAUUUGGAGAAUGGAUCGCUGUAAAUUUAACAGAAUUUGGUCAACGUUGGGCGGAAAAAAAUGCGGGAUUAUUGUACAUGAGUCUCUCCGCACCGUUUAAAAUUUUAAUGGCAGCUUGUAAAGAGCUGGCAUUUAGCGUUGUUGAUCGAGGCUACGAUCUUCGACCCUCGCUUUGGUCGAACACAUUGGAGUCAAAGUGGAAGCAAAAGAAAAUCAAAAGCCUCAUCGGCAAUGCAACCUGGCCUCUCAAAUUUCUCUUCAAGAAGGAUGAAGAGACUGGUCAAUGGAUGGCAUUCGAGCAUGACACGCUUCUAGAUGUGGUUCUUGGUGUAGUGAGGAAACUCAAAUAUCGGCACUACAUCCGUGAUCUGGAUAAUCUUUAUUGCAUGGCUGCAGCUGCAAUCUACUGUGUUUUAAUGCAGUUUUCUUCCAGAAAAUUGGACCGUGAAAUCGAGUUUUCGACAGAAACUUUCAAAUUCAUUUAUGACCUGUCGAAGCAAUACAUCGCGAACGUCAUCCAGAAGAACAAGAAGUUGGCAAAAAGAUGGUCGGAUGUGAAGGCCCGCACCAUGACUAGAUUAGCUGACAUUGUAUGA